UGAGGCAGCAGCUGUACCAGUGCGACAGUGUGCCGCGCUGAAUUAUAUAACGGUUUCCUCCGCCAUAAACACACUCAAUAUGUGCUCGUAAUGUCCUGUUUGCCAGCUUGUUGACCCUCUGUGUUCCCCUCCUGCAGGGUUUAGGAGCCGUUGAUGUGGACGGAGAGACAGGGACGUGAGCGGCCAUUGAGGGUGCCGGUGAGCCCCCCAUCUGCUCGGUGUGCGGGCUGAGCUUCGAGGGGCUGAGCUUCGGUGGAGGACCACAUGACGGGGCACAACAUGGAGAAGCGAAACAUGGGAGUACACCCCUUCGUCUGCUCGGAGUGCAAAAAGAGUUUCAAGACGGCCAAUGUCCUGGAGGCCCACCGACGGAUUCACACGGGCAAGAGGCCCCAUGGCUGCUCCACAUACGGCAAGAGCUUUACCCAGUUGUCGCGGUUGCGGGAGCACCAGUACGUACACAGCAGUGAGCGGCCCUUCACCUGCUCCGACUGCGGCAAAGGCUUCAAGUCGCCCAAGGACCUGAAGGUGCACCGGCGCCUGCACACUGCGGAGCGCCCUUACAUCUGCAGCGACUGCGGCAAGGGCUACACCCAGUCCAGCCUGCUGAAACCUGCACGAAGCACCAGCGCACGCACACUGGCGAGCGCCCCUACACCUGUGCCCAGUGCGGCAAGGGAUUCACCCAGUCCAACACCCUGCUGA